AUUUUGUCCCGCAUUGAGCAGAACGACCGAUCAAGCCUCGAACCCACCCCGGUUUCCUCUCCAUUUCCCUUUCUACCUCCUCUAUCCUGAUCCGAUCCAAGAUGGUUGUCGCUUUCGACAAGUGUGACACACGGCCGGCCAACAUCGAGGCCAUCCUCAACGGCCUCGACCGGUAUAACCCCGAGACAACCACAGUAUUCCAGGACUACGUGGUUCAACAGUGCGAGGACCGGUCAUUCGACUGCUAUGCCAACCUUGCUCUUCUGAAGCUCUACCAAUUUAACCCCCACCUCCUCCAACCAGAGACCGUGACCAACGUCCUCGUCAAGGCUCUCACCGUCUUUCCAUCUCCCGCUUUCUCACUCUGCCUCGCUCUUCUUCCCGCCUACACCCAGCCCUUCCCCAAGACCGAGGCCGAGGCCCAGGCCGCACAGACAUCCGACUUCGUUGAAUCCGUUCAGAAGCUCGCUCAUCUAUCUUCUCUCCUCGAGUCCGCUCAAUAUGCUCAGUUCUGGUCAACGCUGAACUCCGAUGAUCUGUACGCAGAUCUUGUUGCCGACGUUGCCGGCUUCGAGGAGCUCGUCCGCAUCCGCAUUGCCGUUGAGGUCGGCAAAGCCUUCCGUGAGAUCAACGUUGAGGUCCUAGAGCAAUGGCUUGACAUCCGGAACCGCGAGGCUCUCGAGAAGUUCGUUACCGAGGUGUGCACCUGGGAGGUGGAGAAGUCUGGCUCGAGCACCGUCAUCAAGGUGCCCACGAACAAGGAGAACGAGGCUCGCAGUGAAGUCAAGAGCGAGCGUGUUGGUGUCGAUAUGUUCGGCCGCGUCAUCCGGAGAGGGUUCGAGCAGGCUGCAUAAGCCAAUGAAACGAAUUUCUGUUUCCUGUUUUCAAAAUAAUGAGUAAGGUCUUGUGGAGAUCUUGACUUGUAUCAGUCGAUGAAGACCAGAACAUGGACUUCUAUCCAGUCCGCAUUGACGAGAUGAGUUCAAGCCUAAAAUGAUGAUGACGGGGAUAGACCAGCAUGGGGAGGACUGGGAAGUCAGGACUGGCGCAUUUGGCGUUGUGAAUUUGCUUCUCAUCAUUUCAUCAUUCUAUACCUAGGACAACCCGAUUUUCCUCUGCCCUGUAUCCACUACAUACUAGAUCCCGAGAGAUAUCCUGUCUGAACAUAUCAGCGAAUGACACCCGCUGAACGAUUCAAAAAUACAAUUUUGAUAGCAAACACUCAACAAAGCAAACCAGU